GGCCGGUUUAGUCAGGGCGAUAGGUGAAAGACACACGUUCCAAGGUGGCCAUGAGUGAGGAAGCGUGGCGAUAGUGGUGCAAAGGAAUAGAACACAUAUUUUAGUGAUAUUUUUGCCCUUUGUAUUCCGUGGGCAGUGAUUUUUUGUGGUUGGUGUCUGCGGCUAAGCCGCAACAGUUGUGACUGAGCUGAACAGACUGAGCUUAAGACAUGGUCUAAGCUGGCUGAUGCAAAUUCGAUUGAUUGCAUAUUCUCACGCCAUUUGAGCCAGCUGCAAUUUUUCACAUAAAUCUCCACUGCCAUCACCACCAGUGGAUGCAUAUUCACCGUCAUCUCAUCUCCGCGCAAUCUCCGAGAGCUCUCAUCUCGCAAGCGCGCCACGUCCGCGCCAAUAAAUCGCGAACGCCUCGUGGCUAACUUCGUUCCAGCGCCGCCGUUCCGGAGGGUGUCGCAGUUCGCUCUCCGUCGCAGCGUCGACGUCGACCAGGCCAAUCGAUUUAGCUCCACGCUCAGAGCUAGGCCCGACGCCGGCCCGCAGAGGCGGCCGCAGUCGACCGCGCCCGGCCGGCAGUGCCUCAGGCGCUCCCGGGUCGCGGACAGUCUCGACGCGCGGACAGUCUCGAAGUUGCAUCGGCGUCUGCAGACGGCUCGUUGCAUUUGGAAGUGGAUUCGCCGGAGAGCAAUAGAAGCAAAGUGCAUAUCAAUGGAAUCGGCACGCGAGCAACGGCUUUGGUGAGAAAAUACCUUGCAGUGAUUUCAGUGUAGUAAGCUUUCUGGCUGAGGACAGGCUUCCGAUUAAAUCGGCAGCGAGGUCCGAAAGCAACAACUAGUUGGCAAGAAACCUGCGGAUCCAAGACCUGCAUCGUGGCAUAUCAAGACGAAUAGUCUACAUCCAUAGCAAAUGAAGAGGUGCUAAGAUAUUGAAGGACAAAGGUGAGAAACAAGUGUUUAAAAGUUUUCCAUAUGUUGCGUUCAGACGUGCAAACAGUUGCGACCAGUGAAACAGAAGUCGAGCGGUGAAGUAGCGAAACCCGAACACGUUUCACCGAAGUGACACGCUGUCGCGUAGCUACAACCCAUCCUGAAAUAGAUGUGCUAUUUCGAGCGUGUCAAACACACAUCCGUUUGCACUUUGACGUCCGUCGGCCGAGGGCUGGUGGUUGACGGUUGCGUGACCUCACGUGCGGCCUUUGUGUGAGCCUGCCGAAGUUAGAACCGCGUGACAGACCUGCGUGUCAAGACUUGAGCGACUACACUUCUGAACAAUCAACAGUGUGAUUUGUGAAGUAACAGGGGUGAAGUUGUUCACAAACAGAGUGAAGAAGUUGAAGUAUAAAGAAGUAAAAUGCUAGUGAUUGCUGGUGAAAUAAAGUGCAACAAGGACAAGAAAGCGGGCUAGCAUUCUGUAACAUUCGUUGAUUUUUAUGAGCUGGUUGCGUGAGGUGAGGCCCUGCUAACCUAGUGGUGAAAAUAGCCAGCUCCUAGCUGGGGUUCGUGCAUUCAACACUUUAUCUUAGCCAGUACUAAGAAUUCAGCUUCGUCUCCAUCGCACCGUAGCCGCUGACGAUGUUGCCUCAGUUGCUGCUUCUGUCGCUGUUGUUCGCUAACGUCGACUCCAUCUGGGAGCCCGAUGACGUGGCGUCAUCGGCAUCAUCAGCGUCAUCAGCGCAAAACAUCGUGACCGCCAUGUCAGCAAUUCAAGGCCAAGAUCCUUACGAGGAUGCCAACAUCCUGAGAGAGUUGACAACUGAGGAGGGCAGCGGAAGAACAGAUGACAUCAGUGCAGACGACUAUACUGACGACGACAAGUGGGCAGAGGAGGGCAAAGACCAGUUGAUGCAAAAGCUGGAGCAUGGUUUUGUUGAGAGUCCAGUGCUUGGUGACAGUAAAACUCAAAGCAAGGGAAGCUCAGAACUAGAAGGCAGACCUGUGUCGGACAACCAAGACAACGAUAGAGAUACCGGCAAUAAGGAUAUGUUCUUCGAAGAAGAUCCGGAAGAUGUCCUGAACGAAACAUUGCAAUGGAAUUCACCAAAGCCUGACCCUGAGCUAAAAUCUUCGUUGGAUACACGAUCAGACAGAGAAAAUCUAGCUUUUGUGACAAGCAGCCAGCCAGAUGUGAGCAAAGUGACGCCGACAUUCAGUAUCAGCAAAGCACCGCCAUUGACAGCGAAUGUAACGCCAUCUCCAAGAGGAAUUACAGCAAGCGCGACGACUGGCCGUCCUCCCGUGGUUAUGACUACUCAACAAGUCUACACAUCACCUACUGAUGAUAUUCCGAAGACAGAAGAACAUCUUCCAGUGAAAACGUCGUUCGUGCAUCACGCUGAAGGUCACUCUAGCGCAAACACUGAUGAAGAGGCGGUUGAAGAAGUGGAAGAGCCCCAACGAGCUAUUCCAGGUGUCAAGAAAUUUGGUGCGGUAGUGUCGGAAUCUUUGGCAUCAAGUACAUCAAGCCCAAACAUUCAAACAACCACAAUGGUAUCUACAUUUACAUCAGCACCCACAGCCAUUACCAAACCUAUAUACACACCCGCUUCCGAAACCACGCCUUCUUUCACUCGUAAUUUAAGUCCACCCGUCUUCCCAAAUACAAUCGCCAAAGCCGGUGACACCGAUUCCAACCCGAGAACUGACUCAAAACCAGAGGAAAGAAUCACCAAUGAAACAAAUAAUGACUCUGUUCCUUCCACUACAGAGUCUAGCCAAGACUCUGACUUUGAUCCACCUGAGCUGAUGGCGUCCGAUCCUUCAACAACAUCUUCAUCCCCAGUCCCUCCUGUAACCUCUCCUUCCCCACCCCCUCCUUGCCUACAAGAAUGUAACGAUAUCAUCAGCUCCUUCCAACUCAAAGUGACGCCCACGUACAGCAUGGCACAGCAGGGGGCCAACGUCUCGCUCCGGUGUUGGCUCACCACACCUGCCGAGUCUGACCUGUCAGAGGAGCUUUUCUGGCGGUUUGAAUCGGACAACGGAAGCAGCCCCUGCUCGCUGGGACCAUCGGGAGCGGACGAAGGCGCGGAACAGUGUGCAGAACUCGAAGCGGAAGCGGCGGAAGAAUUCGAAAACCGGACGGAUUCCGUAAUCAGAUUGACCGUUCCUGAGGCAACGACUGCUCACAGCGGCAAGUACGCAUGCGUGGUGACUGCGAACUGCUGCGAGGGCACGGCGCACACGCAGAAGAUCCAGCGCAACAGCGAGGUCGCCGUUAUAAAAAUCUACGGAAAAUCCCGCUACGGCGUACAGCUGGCCGCCCUUUCUGUGCUCUGUCUCUUCCUCCUAACCGGAAUCCUCGGCUCGGCGGGCAUUCAGAGGCGUCGCCGCCGGAAGAAGCGCGUUCCCGGUCCUGGUCACGUGUACUAUGAGCCUGUUCGGCAAUUUUAUCUGCCGCAGACCCGUGGGAGACCACGUGACACCGUCGAAGAUGACUAUGACGAUGAUUUCGACGACGGGGGUUUGGGUUACGAGGAGCCCGAAAGGGUGGAGAUGGGUAAUGUACGAGUGAAUCCCAUGGCGGAAGUUCCGCUCACGCCAGCGGAAGUCCCGCUCACUCCGGCGGAAAUGAUGCCGUUGCCACCGGAAAUGAUAUCACCAACUAUACCUACGCAAAAGUGAGCUCGAGUUUCCGCGACCGCCAUCGGACUUGCUGAAGAGAAUGAGCAGCAAUGUGGGUUUUGAUUGAGCUGAACGUUUUGCCAUGUCGCAUGCGAAAAGGUUGUGCUAUCGAGAUACAAGAAACUCUGGACUAAGGUUGUGAUUGGUGAACAACGCGUUGCUGUAGAAAAUGAAAAAGUAAACGAUGUGAGGUCGGUAAGGACCCAGCUGGUUCACCGUACGUGACUAAUUAUUUAAUAGCAUUAGUCAGUGAUUGUUAACGUGCUUUUAAUUAGCUUCACAGCUUUGACUGGCUUCCAGCGUGAGUGUGAAUGUAAGUAGCAAGCUUUAUGAUAUUGUAGCAUACAACUGACGAAGGCCCGACUGCAUAUAGGAGCAGGGGAGGCUUUAUUUUGCUUCACAGUUACCCCCUUCUCAAAGAUGAAGAGCUGGUUCUAGAUUAACAUGGUGGACAGGCGCCGUUAGGUCAAUGUUGACGAAUUGAGUGUUGGUAAUGAUGAAUGCUUGAAUGCCUAUAUCAGCGCUGUUGUUGCAAUAUUGUACUAGGAAUUCGCUCGGGUAACGCUUUGGGUACACCAGUCGCCAGUGUAAGCAGCAUUAUUUGUUUCCAUUUCGUGCUAUUCGGGUGCAAAAUGACCUAGAGUGGCCGUUCAGUUAUUCCCAACGUGGAUAUGCAACGUACGACGUGCAUCUGCUUGCAAGUUACAUCGAAUACAGAGCAAUAAGUGAUUGAAGUAGGUGGCAAUUGCGUUUCAAACAGGCUUGAACACUAGACCAAUCGUUCAGCUGCAUUGCUUUCUAAAUAUUGUUGAAAAUAUAGGCGAAAGCCCAGAGCAUAACUA